GCGCCCUGCCCGAGGGCACCACCCCUGCUCCCUCCUCCGACCCCGCGAGCUCCGGCCGUUGCCAGAUGUCCACGAUGGGAAACGAGGCCAGUUACCCGGCUGAGAUGUGCUCCCACUUUGACAACGAUGAAAUCAAAAGACUGGGCAGGAGCUUUAGGAAGCUGGACUUGGACAAAUCAGGCUCUCUGAGCGUGGACGAGUUCAUGUCCCUGCCGGAGCUGCGCCACAACCCGUUGGUGCGGCGAGUGAUCGACGUCUUCGACACCGACGGCAACGGAGAGGUGGACUUCAAGGAGUUCAUCCGGGGGGCCUCGCAGUUCAGCGUCAAGAGCGACGAGGAGCAGAAGCUGAGGUUUGCGUUCAGCAUUUACGACAUGGAUAAAGACGGCUACAUUUCCAACGGGGAGCUCUUCCAGGUGCUGAAGAUGAUGGUGGGCAACAACCUGAAGGACUGGCAGCUCCAGCAGCUGGUCGACAAGACCAUCAUCAUCCUGGACAGGGAUGGCGAUGGGAAGAUAUCCUUUGAGGAAUUCAGUGCUGUGGUCAGAGACCUGGAGAUCCACAAGAAGCUGGUCCUCUUCAUGUGAGCGUGUUUCUUAGGAGCACCACCCAACAACUUUUGCUUUCUUCCCUACCUCUUUCAAGAUUUGCUCAAGACAUCCAACGGUCUCUCUGACUUACCUGGAAGUAUUUCUCUCUGUGAAGCCACAUGUCCUAAAAGGAGCUUCAUCACCAGCUCAGUGCUAUUAAUUCUCCUCUGAAUGACUCAAGGUACCCUACAGCGGGAAGAGCAAGUCAAAGGAGCAUAGUGUGGAAAGAGAGGGAAAUGGCUUUUAUAAACGUCUUUUUCUUUAUUCUGAUUCAAAGACCAAACUAGAACUUUAAAAGUUCAAAAAUUAGAAAAUAGACACUUUUGCUGUCAUUUCUCAUCAUUUUUUGUGUAAGGGAAGAAAUUUAUAAUUUGCAUGGGGGUUAGGUGAACUGUUUUCAUUUGCCUGUAUUUGGAUAUCUUCCCAGAUUGUUAACUCUCCUACUAUAACAACAGAGACACAUAUAUUUCUCUUUUCUAGGCAUCUUGUAAUCACUUUUCUUGGGGAACAAAGUCCCAUCUUUUGGCAGAUUGGGGCCCCACUCCCCACAAUGCAUCCAGAAAUCACUGUGCAUGUUUGAGGGGUAGGAGUUCAUUUGGCCUCCUCCUGAGUCAUUGCUCCAACUUCUGAACAGAAACUAGCUUCAGGGCUCUUACAGGAAAUGCUAAGCCUGGACCAAGUGCCCAGCUUAAUUUUCAGCCUCAGUGGCAGUGGGUUUCCAGGGUUGGCGACCCACUCCAGUAUUAAAUUCAAUGAAGGGGACUUUCAGCUAAGUAGGGCAAGGACCUUCCCAGAACGUGCUCUCACCUCUGACACUGGUGCCUACCCCACGUGGAGAGAAUGGGACAUUUAGUCAGGUUUUCCACGGAGGAGAGGCAGUAAAGGUUCAGGCUGCAGUGCAAUCUCCCUGGGAUGCUGAAGAGGCAUUGUGUCUGGUGCUCAGAGAUGCGGAGACUGACAGUUGUGUCUCCACAGCAGAGGUGGAUGCUGGCUACACUAGCUAUGCUGAUUUUGAAAAUCAGAUCUGGGGCCUAGUAGAGAAGCUGAGAGUUCUCUCAUUCCAGGAAGUCUUUUCCCUAAUGGAACAUUCAGCAUAGAAAUCCUCACACCCUAACAGAUCUCCACCAUUGGGCGUGCUGUAGCCUGUGGUUUCGGAAGAGAUCCAGAACACACGUGUCUCUUCCCACUCAUUUCUGUCACGUUGGUAGCUUUAGAUCAGCCAUGGUGAGAAAGGAACAAAAGCUUUUAGGUUUUUUUGUUUUGUUUUGGAGAAUCGGUUUACCAGUAAAUACAUUACUGCCUAUACCCCAAAUGUUACCCGCUCCCUGAGGUCCCACAUACUACUGUCAGUUCUCAGAGCAGGAACUGUCCUCAGAAGAGCAGGGCUAGGACUGGCCCCAGCAUCUGCGGCUUCACCCCAAUCCUUUUUGUCACAGAGAAACACUUCCCAUAUAAGAUCUUGAGGCUUUCAAACAGCAGAACAAUGAAACAUACUCUCCCUACACUUGCUUAGCUAAGGGAUACCACUCAGGUAACUUUUUUCAGGACACGGAAGAUCUGUUUCAAGGAGAUUUAUUGCUAUUUUAUUUGUAAGAAGCUAACAACUGGUCUUGACCAAAAAUAGAAAAUAAAAAGUCCACAAAUGUAAUCACUGGCCGGGAAACCAUCUACCAAGGCACCCUACCAUAUACUUUUUUAUUUAAUAGAGUAUUUAGGAACCACAAAAAUAGAAAUCCUUGCCCCUUCAAUUCCUGUGCAACUCUAAAAAUUGUGAUAAACACUGCCAACCCCAUGGUGCUAACAUUAUGCAAUGUUCAAAGAUUCAGACACGGAUUCAGUUGCUACUGGGUUGUUGCCACACUCACCUCUUUUUAGCUGUGUGAACAUGAAUAAUUUACUUAGCCUCUCUGUGUCUUUCCACCUAAUUAAAAAGAGGAUCCAUGCCAGGGUUAUUCUGAGGAUUCAAAAAGAUAUGCAACACACCUGGAGCACAAUUCCACUUUCACUCAACGAAUUCCCUUCUCUUUCCGCUUCCUCCCCUUUACAGGACCAAUAUGUGAGGGAGACAUGAGGCUUACUGGUUGCUUUUGAAAACCUAGUUCUUAGCUGUGCCCACUCUGAAAUUAACUGGACAUUUGUGUCCAGCCCAUGUCCAAGCCCGGAGAGAAAACAAUGGGAACAAUUUUUCAAGGUCCUCCCACUCCUUCAUUUGCAGAGGGGACAAAAAACUUUUUGACUUGAGAACCGGAGAAAUUUAAAAGAAAAUCUCUCAUUCCAGCCCAACCUAUUUCUUUCUGUGGAGCAAUUUUACAUGGCGAAAGUGAGCACAAGUCAUGCUAGCUAAGAGGACAUUAUUGUCAUUAAAGGGAGACGUUAUUUAUAUACCCUGCAAUGUGCACAUUAAAAUAUGGAAAUUUUAAAAUUAUGACCAAGGGUUUGAAACAUGCUGGAUUACAUAUUUGCAUUUAACAAAGAGAGGAAAUGUAUUUCAGUUUCUGGAGUGGCUGGAAUGAACAAGCUAAUUGUCCAAUAAGUCUACCUACAAUAGUUACCCAAGGCUUUUUGGCAAUGACCUUGAAUGGAGAGCCUAUAUCUGGAUUUAACACUGGAAAGAUCUGACUGGAUAUUUGGAUUAAAAGAAUCACAUUUAUUCCCAAAUCACAAUGCUUUGUUUUCCUGUCAGUUAAUUGCCAGUUGCCAGCAAACCUAGUUCUACACAGUUUCUUGGGGUGAUAAUAAUAGACUUUUAUUGAG